CGCCGUACGGAGGCCGGCUGUGAGUUAGAAGGAUCAGGUUUCUAAGGUCUCGUCCGUCCGUCCGUCCGUCCUUCCGAGAGACGCGAGGGGAGAGAGAGAGAAAGAAAAAAAACGAGAGGGGGGGAAACAGAGAGGACCACCUUACGGAACUCGUCUCGUGAGAAUUCAGGGUUGACCCUCCUGAUGCCCCUGUCUUUUAUUCGCGAAAUGUUCGUUUGAGGUGUGCGCCUAAGAGCGAAACUUCAGUCUGUGACCACGUGCUUUCGCGCGAAGCAGCGUGCCACGUGUCCGUGUGACUCGAGUUUCCACAUCGUUAUCACCGUCUACGUCGUCGUCGUCGUCACUUCGUGUUAAUUAGAAAAUCGAUCGCUUUUAAACGCCCGUGCUGCCGGCUCAGCGAUCGCGUUUGUCUUCGGUGGUCGUCGAUAGUCCCGCGCGGUCAGCUCUUACGGAACAUGGCGCUCGCGCUCAAGCACUUCAAGAAGACACCGAUUUACGUGGUGGAGAACCACAAUGAGGUUUUAGACUAUAUAUAUCGGUGUAUUGGCUCGAAACACCUGCCCUUUCAAGACAACACGUUUAUACAUCUGGAUUCGCAUCCCGAUAUGAUACCGCCAGCGAUACCAGCCGACACGGUUUGGGACAAGUUUCGACUAUUCGACGAUAUUGGUAUCGAGAAUUGGAUCUUGCCUGCAGUGUACGCGGGUCACUUCAAGUACAUCAUCUGGGUGAAACCACCGUGGGCUAAUCAGAUGUUGGAUGGUGUGCAGACGUUCCUCAUCGGCAGGCACAAGGACACCAGCUUGAUAAGAGUGACCAGCACCGAGUCGUACUUUCUGAGCGAAGGGGCAUAUGCGCCACCGGAAGAGCUUGAAAAUACUCACGAGGUCGUCCUGCAAGUGAUAACUAUCGGAGCUUACAUCCUCGAUCCAACACUGAAGGACGACUUCAGCACCAUCUGUUCAACAUUGCAUAAAUACAUUCCUGAAAAGGACACUCCGUACAUCUUAGACAUCGACCUCGACUUCUUCAGCACCAAAAACCCGUUCAAGAAUCUUCACGAACGCGUGGACCUCUACGAGAAACUGGCUCCCCUAUUUACGUACAAGCGACCGGAAUCGAACGAUCCUGAGGUUUUGAAAGAGUCGAUGACAGAGAGGCACAAGCAGCUCAUAGAGUUGAAGAUUCUUUUCGACCAUUUAGAAACACAUCGAUCACUGCAGAAUUACGAGGGCGAGAAAACAUCACGGUACGAAGCCGUGGUUCUACUUUGCCAUGAAGUAAAGGCUGCUUACGAUGAUUUGGAUAUUGACUGGUCGAUCGUGUACAACGCCGGUUGCACCAUCGACGACACACCCCUGCCUGAGCACGUGACGGAGCCCAAAGAUCUCGAUCGUUUGAUCGGUGAAACGUUCAAAUUGUUUUUGGUGGCUCUACCCAAAGAUCCGACCAUUGUCACCAUCGCCAGGUCUAGCUACGACGACUACUGUCCUUCUGAGGACGUCGAGGAAAUUCAGUGUGCGGUUCUCGACGAAUUCGUUUUGCAACUCGGGUCUACAGAUGAGGAGAUUCACAUUAUGUGCUAGACUUUGGAAAGGGUGUAUGAAUCAUAAAUAAAGAGAUGUUCCCUUCCCUUUAAAUCCAUGGAACUAGAAUCUGUCGAAUAAAGAU